CACAGUCUAAAGCAGCUUUUCAGAAUCUAUAUAUAUAUUCAACAGCCAUUUACACUGUUUACCACGAUAACUUGGAUUAAACAGGCAUAAUUAAUGUAAAUCUAAUUUGAAAAGAUUUUUCAAUGUGUGAGAUAAGGGGUGCGCUGAAGAGGAAGCAGUAACCAGCCAUCUUUUUUUUGACAAUAACAAGAAAGAAAAGAGAGUCUAAAGAGUGGAGCUUUAGUUUGAUUUUUAUUGUCUGUUUCCAUUUAGAAAACAGUUAAGCAUUCAAAAAAAUAAGCGGGGACGAGGCUCAGCAAAAAGUAUAGAGCGUCAACAUAUGCAACAAAAAAAACCCUCGUAGGAUUAAUAGACUGGUUAUUUGAUUUUGGUAAUUUUUUUCAUGUUUCCAACAGGUUUAUCUUCCCCUAACCCCCCGCCGCCAGCUCAGGAGGUCAGACCAGCAGCUUCUGAUGGUAAUAACAGUGGCAGCAGCAUUAGUACUACGUCCAAAAAGAGGAAAAUAAACAGCUCCGAAAGGGAAGAGUUUGAAUCGAUUCCCUCGUCUCCUUCCAAAAGCAUUAACAAUACGUCCUCCGCUGGUUCGUCCACCUCUCACCACGUCCAGAAGAAGUUGAGGUUCGAGGACUCUGUCGAUUUUAUCGGACUGGAUGUGAAAAUGGCUGAGGAGUCCUCUUCUUCUUCAUCAACGUCUUCUAACAAGAGUAAAAACCUCUUUUUCGCUGCUGGCGUUGGACAUCAUGCCAAUGGGCUGACAAAAACUUCGACUGGGUCCACAAGCUUCUCCAACAGCAAACCCGGAGCUGCCAAGAAACUAGUUAUAAAAAACUUCAAAGAGAAACCGAAAUUGCCAGAGAAUUACACUGACGAGACCUGGCAGAAACUGAAGGAGGCGGUGGAGGCCAUUCAAAACAGCACUUCAAUAAAAUACAAUCUGGAGGAGCUUUAUCAAGCUGUUGAGAACCUCUGUUCCCACAAAAUUUCAGCAAAACUUUAUAAGCAGCUGAGGGCGGUGUGCGAGGACCACAUCAAGGCUCAGAUCCAUCAGUUCAGAGAGGAUGCAUUAGACAGCGUGCUGUUCCUGAAGAAGAUAGAUACAUGCUGGCAGGAUCACUGCAGACAAAUGAUCAUGAUUCGAAGUAUCUUCUUGUUUUUGGAUCGGACUUAUGUUCUUCAAAAUUCAAUGCUGCCAUCUAUUUGGGACAUGGGACUGGAGCUGUUUAGAUUUUACAUAAUCAGUGAUCAGAAAGUGCAGAAUAAGACGAUAGACGGAAUCUUGCUGUUGAUUGAAAGGGAGCGAAGUGGAGAGGCCAUCGGCAGGAGUUUGCUCCGAAGUCUUCUCAGCAUGCUCUCAGAUUUGCAGAUUUACCAGGAUUCAUUUGAACAGCGGUUUUUGGAAGAGACUAAUCGUUUGUAUGCUGCCGAAGGUCAGAGGCUAAUGCAGGAACACGAGGUCCCAGACUAUCUGCACCAUGUAAGCAAGCGCUUGGAAGAGGAAGCUGACAGGGUUAUCACGUAUUUAGACCAGAGCACUCAAAAGCCUCUUAUAGCUACUGUGGAAAAACAGCUAUUAGGUGAACAUCUAACAGCUACUCUUCAGAAAGGUCUAAACCACCUUCUAGAUGAGAACAGAAUCCAGGACCUGUCCCUUUUGUACCAGCUCUUCAGCAGGGUGCGAGGGGGUGUGCAGGUCCUCCUUCAACACUGGAUUGAGUAUAUAAAGGCCUUUGGAAGCACGAUAGUAAUCAACCCUGAAAAGGAUAAGACAAUGGUCCAGGAGCUGCUAGAUUUUAAGGACAAGGUGGAUCACGUCAUAGACAUCUGCUUCUUGAAGAAUGAGAAGUUUGUCAACGCCAUGAAGGAAGCUUUUGAAACGUUCAUAAACAAGAGGCCAAACAAGCCAGCAGAACUCAUUGCAAAGUAUGUGGAUUCAAAGCUGCGUGCUGGCAACAAAGAAGCAACGGAUGAGGAGCUGGAGAAGAUGUUGGACAAAAUAAUGAUCAUAUUCAGGUUCAUUUAUGGAAAAGAUGUGUUUGAGGCAUUUUACAAGAAAGAUUUAGCAAAGAGGUUACUGGUUGGGAAGAGUGCUUCAGUAGAUGCUGAGAAGUCCAUGCUGUCCAAACUAAAACACGAAUGUGGCGCUGCUUUCACUAGUAAAUUGGAGGGGAUGUUCAAGGACAUGGAGCUUUCGAAAGACAUCAUGGUUCAGUUUAAACAGUACAUGCAGUGUCAAAACAUACCUGGUAAUAUUGAACUGACAGUAAAUAUCCUAACAAUGGGUUACUGGCCAACAUACGUGCCUAUGGAAGUUCAUCUACCUGCAGAGAUGGUAAAACUGCAGGAGAUUUUCAAAACGUUUUACCUGGGGAAGCACAGCGGCAGGAAGCUCCAGUGGCAAUCAACACUAGGACACUGUGUAUUAAAAGCUGAAUUUAAAGAGGGUAAAAAGGAGCUGCAAGUGUCACUUUUCCAGACUUUGGUGUUGCUCAUGUUCAACGAAGGAGAAGAGUUCAGCUUGGAAGAAAUCAAACUGGCAACAGGAAUAGAGGACGGUGAACUGAGGCGAACUCUGCAGUCCCUGGCCUGUGGCAAGGCCAGAGUCAUUUCCAAGAGCCCGAAGAGCAAAGACGUGGAGGACGGAGACAAGUUUACCUGCAAUGACGACUUCAAACACAAACUCUUCAGGAUAAAGAUCAAUCAGAUCCAGAUGAAAGAAACGGUGGAAGAACAAGCCAGCACUACAGAGCGAGUGUUUCAGGACAGGCAGUACCAGAUCGACGCGGCCAUCGUCCGAAUAAUGAAGAUGAGGAAGACACUCAGCCAUAACCUCUUGGUGUCGGAGGUCUACAACCAGCUCAAAUUCCCCGUCAAGCCUGCUGACCUGAAGAAGAGAAUAGAGUCACUAAUUGACCGGGACUAUAUGGAGCGUGACAAAGAGAACCCCAACCAGUAUAACUAUGUGGCAUAGAGGAAGCCCCGCACAUGCCAUCAGCUGCUGUGAGCACUUGGUCUGGUAUCCCUGUCUCCAGUGGAUGUUAAUACUACCCUGUUGAACCCAGCAACUGACAACUGAAUGGAAGUAGCCUCCUGGAACAAGACUAUUACUGGGGCCUGUUUCCUGUGGACUGCAUACCCAUAGAGAAAUGUUGUCCAUUUUCAGAGUGCUGGUAAAUGCGAAGCAAAGGUUUAAAAUCAACAAAAUACUUAACAAAACAAAAUGUGUGUGUGGUGGGGGGGGGGGGGGGGGGGGUCUGAAGAAGGAGAUUUAAUUAAAACUUGUUUUAAAACAGUAUUUAUUUUGAAACUUAUAUUCAUACGUUGUACGUUUUUUAAGGCAUCCCAGGACAGUCGUCUCUCUUUUUUCUUUUUUUUUUUUUUUAACAUGUUCCACUUUUGUUUGUCUCAUGCAACUUGCCCCUGGCAGAUUCCUCCUAAACUCGAUAUUUCAUCACAGAUUUGCCACUUCUAUAAAAUUCUAAUAAACUGAUGCUUAUGUGUUUCAAUGUCUGUUCAGAAUCCAAGAUGGACAAAGUUAGAUAAAUGAUGUUUAUUACACAAUUGAAUUCCACUCAAGAAAGAAUACAGUUAUAUUAUAUACACUUUUUUUUUUUUUUUUUUUUUUUUGUCUGGACGGAACAUUUCACAAGAUGAUGUGAGAAGCAUCGAGCCAAGGUUAUAAGCCUGGCAAGGAUAUUGGUUUUUAAGUGUCGUGUCACUAGCUUUUGUAACUCUCAAACAAUUUAAAUUGGAUAUUUUUUAAAAAAAAUAAACUUAUUUUCAGCAGAAAUGUGCCAAAAAAGGGUUCCAUUCAUUUUUCUUUUUUUUCACAAGUGGAAAAAGGAGCUAUAAAACUCUUCUGAUGCUGCUAAACACCUUCAUUUGUAAAUGCUUAUUAAAAACUAGAAGCUGCUUUUUGGCAUCUGUUCAUACCUUUUUAAGUUCUUUGUAUGGGGAAGAAAAUAAAAAUACACAUUGUUAAAGGCCAACAUACCCACCAGAUCACUACUGAGGGUUUAAACUGAAUGUGGCAGCUGGAAACUGCUCAAUGUUUUAAUGUUAAUGCUUCAUAGUGGUGUCCUGGGACUGCACUGAAAGGUACCACUGCUUUUAAAGACUAAUUAAAGCACUGUGCUUGGUGUAUUGCACAGUAACCAGGGGCAUGUGGGAGCCAGUAUAUUUGUUGACAGUUUUGAGAUUGAAGUGUGCCAAGUCAUGCUGCACCGGACUGCUGUCUGGGUUUGAAUUCAGCUUAACCCUUGCUAUUUUUUAUUGCUUCAGAUUAAAAAUUGUGUCGACUUG